AUGGCGUCUUGGGCCGAUUUUCCACCGGAGAUCCGACUCCUCAUCCUGGAGGCUCUGCUUCAGGACGGCUGCACGGUCGCCGAACUCGCUACGGUGUCACGGGAGUGGCAAGCCAUCAUCGAACAGCACAAUUUCGCUCGGAUCAAAAUAACGAAAACAAAGCUCCCCGGUUUCUUUCUCAACACUCGCCGCAGCCGACAUCUCGUGAAGUAUAUAUGGCUCUCCCUGGAUCUGGACGUGUACUCAUGCUGCAUCUGUAAUUUUCAUAACCCUUACAAUCCAUUCUUGUCAAAUUCCGAUGCCGGUAAUGUUCUCGGGCCAAUCCUAAAGCUACUCACUUGGCUCAAAGAGUGGGAGCCGACUGGCGAACUGGUGCUCGAUAUCAGUGUCCAUUCUCCCAGUGAUUCAAAACACUGGCUCAAGUACCUGACCUUCGAGCCUGAUAUCAUUCCAGAGAAUGGCCGCAGUCCAGGCAGUACCACUGGCAGUGCAGACAUUCAUGUGCCGGAAGCGCACGAUUGGAAUGUCUACCAAAGGUUCGAGGAGAAAAAGGCUAUUCUUAAGACCUUGGACAUAAUACACAUCGUUGAUCAUGACCACGAGAUCGACGGUUCCCCAUGCAUGUGGCGCUUGCCGGAGAAGAUGCCAACGGUUCCAGCGGUGACAGGUGUGCUUCUGCGCCAGCAAACACGCCGGCAAUGGCAUCCUAGAACACUCCAGAGGAUCCUUGAGUGCUUUCCAAACUUACAGGAUUUCGUUUACGAACCGUGGAAAAGAAUAGGUCCUGAGCGCCAGAAGACUGCAAAUGAAGAAUAUGCGAGCCUGUUCGAAUCGCUUGCUCUCACAAAAUUACGGAAACUGGUAAUCUUCGAGGCCUCUAACUGGUAUUAUAAACGCCUGAUCCGUGAAUCUUUGAGCAUGACGCUGGCUGCAAACAGUCACGGGCUCAGGGAAAUCUCGGCAUCUUUUCUGAUCGAAGCAGCUUCCUAUUUCUCCUAUAGCACCACUGGCCGCGAGUGGUAUCAUCUCCAAUCGCUUACACUUACGUCGGAUUUACUGUCACCGAGAGAGCACCCGAGACAAAUCGACCAGUUACUCACAAAUGCAGCGAAGGCAGCAAGAAAUAUGCCAGCACUACGGACCAUGGAGUUAUGGAACGGACGACCAGGCUUGGCAGCUCUGUUUAGGUAUCAGCGGAUCUACGCCGCGGUCAUCUGGAGAGGAACAUGGAAUUUUACCCUGCGCCCGGCGGUAGUCCAGGCCUGGAAAGACAUCGCAAUUAAACAAGGCGCCAGAGGCCUCGUUGUGCACACGGAAAGGCUUGACUGUGGCCCUGAUAUUAAGUCACAUGGUGAUGCCAUCCAUAAGCUAAGACUUUCGAAGCCUGUGGUUCGACCCAUUUCGUUGCAUCAGAUCCGCACAGAGCAUAAUGUCCACUGCGCUUGGCAAGAAUCGCGAAAGGAGCAAAUGCGGUUACUCGAAGUGGAGUAUGAGGAUGACGAUGAUUGGGAUGACGAUGAUUGGGAAGACGAGGAUACGAAUGACGAGGAUUGGGACGAGGUGGAUUGGGACGACAUGGAUUGGUACCACGAGUAUAUGGAUGACGAGGAUUGGUCCCACGAGGACAUGGACGAUGAGGACAUGGACGACGAGGAUUGGGACGACGAGGAGAGAGAGGGUGAUGAAUCAGAGCCCGAGGGCUGA